ACGUCAUCUAACGGCACUUCUCUCGAAUGGCGCUAUUUUAUAUUUUACCGUUUUUUUUUAUUUAUAGCAACUUCUAACUGAUGAAUAUCAGUAAUGAGAGAAGUUUUUGCGUAGUUUCAUAUCUAUAAACAAUUAGCUAAGGAUUUAUUUUUUACUAUAUCAACAAAAAAAACAAAUCAGUUUGGUGGAAAAUGAUGCCGUCGCAGUCUAAAAAAAAUAAUACACCUUUUCACGUCUACUUUAAUUUUCCUGUUGUGCAAACGGAUAUUAAGAAAUGUUCUACAAAAUAUUUUAUAUAGAAUUGAAGUAAUAUAUAGAAAUUUUAUUUCAUAUAUACUAAGCAAAACUUAUGGUAUUUAAUCUAAAGCAAAGGACGUGCAAACUUAAAAUAAAGAACCAUUCAGUUUUACAAGAAAGACGCGAAGAUAUAAAUCCUCAUAAAAUUCCUAAAUUUUAUUUUAUAAUUGAUUCGUUUGUAUUUUCUUGGAAAAAAGUUUAAAAAAUUUUUAUUGAAAUAUAUUGGUUAUUGUAUGACAUUGAUUGGGCCUAGCGCCCCUGGUAUGGCAUUUAUGAUGAAAAAGAAAAAGUAUAAGUUUAAUGUAGAAGUACAAUUGCACGAUUUAGUUGAAGUAGCACUAGUCAAUGAGGUGUUAUUUGCCAAAGUACGUCUUUUAGACGGUGGAUCGUUUCAAGAAUAUAGUAGCAGAGAAGAAGUGAAAAAUCAUCGCGUGGAAUGGAAUCGGAAUUUCGAGUUUCCAUGCAAAAUGUCUGCAAACGCCUCAACUGGUGUAUUGGAUCCCUGCCAUUUGCGAAUUUCAAUAAGAAAAGAGAUGAAGGGUGGACGUAGUUACUACAAAUUAGGUUUUAUUGACUUAAAUCUUGCCGAAUUCGCUGGUGCAGGAUUAACAUCAAGACGAUUUCUAUUGGAAGGUUAUGAUUCCAGACAUCGCUUAGAUAACUCUAUGCUUAAAGUGUCAAUAAAAAUGCACAUGUUAAGUGGUGAUAUACUAUUUAAGGCACCAACACCAAGUCUGAAAAGUAAACAAAAACCUUCGACAGAUGACCUAGAAACAGCUGCUACUGGGGUUGGAUUAGAAACACCAACAGCAACUGCGAUACCUACACUUGGUUCUGGUGUUGGUAGUAGUGCGUCAUUGGCUGUGAGCAGUUCUACGUUAGUUGGUAGUGGUAUAGGAAGCGCAACAACUUUAACUACACGCCCAGUUUCAACGAUAAGAGAUGACGAAUUAGAUCCGCAAACGUUAAUUGCUUCAAUUGUUACUGACUCGGGUCUUUCGGAAUCAUCUGAAUCAGCAAUCACUACAAUUACAAGCGAUCCUAUUUUAUUACAACAGCAGUUACAGCUGCAGCAUUCAAAUUAUACACCACCCUCAAGUUUGAUACCAAUUACAGCACUUACAAAUAUACAGCAACAAGCUUUGCAGCAUGGAACACUUGGUAUUGUCACUAGUGGAGCAGGCAAUGGAGUGGGUUUAAGUAUAAUUGGAAGCAGUAAUUGUGGUACGACAACAAGUGGUGUGGUUGGAGUUGGUUUAGGAGGCACAUCUGGAACGUCUUCGAUAAUAGAAAUGGGUCAUUCAAGGAAUUCGAGUAAUACUAGUCAAAUGUCGAAAGGUUCAGGCUAUAGCAGUUUUUCACACAGUCAACAUUCGAGGCAAAGUUCUGAAGGAGACUCGGGACAUGCAAGAUUUAGCAAAUCUGUUUCUCUCCUCAAUAGACUUAAUCAGAGAACCAUUAAUGCUAUGAGGCUUAAUAUACCUUCAACAUUGCAUACAAAUACGUACCAAAUCGCCACGGACGGCAGUAUUAAUGAGUACGACAGCGAUGAACUGGUGUUUCAAACACCAAACUCCACGCUACGCGAUGAUGAGUUUCGGACACCGCUUAAUGAAAUGCCACCUCCAAAUCUUUCGACUCAUUCUGUUUAUAGUGAAAAAUUGCAAGUGCAUACACUUUCACCAACAUUUCACAAUGCAGUCAGCACUAGACGUAGUAUUGGUUCUGGUGGUUCUGGAGGUGGUUCAGAGAUUUACCCAAGUGGUAGUGAUUCUGAAACAGCGGAUGAUUCUGGCUUAGAUGAAAAUUAUCAUACGCCACGCGUUCCGAAAAUUAAAUCAAUGGAAAAUCUUUCAAUACUUGAAAUGGAAUUUCAUAGGGCAUCACAAGAAUUGGAUCGAAAUUCACCGCGUCGCCUCAAGCUUUUAGCAGAGCGAGCUCAAAUACCAAAAAUGAAGUCAUUAAGUAAUCUGUGCUUUGAUGAUUAUUCAGAACAACAAGUUCGUGAGGAAUUUAUGCGCAUUAGGGAACAAUCUUUAGAAGAAAAACAUCGCUUUAAUUUUCAACAACGAAAAAAUUCUACUUCAUCAACGAAUUCUGGCAAACUGUUUAUUAAAAAUAAAGUCGGUAAUGCAAAAUUUAUUGGAAAUGAUGAUAGCCCGCAAAUUUUACUACAACAACAACAAUAUCCUUUACACAAUAACAUAAUUACACAUACACAAACUCAGCUGCACUAUCCUAUACAAAAGAUGCGUUCAAUGGGUACUAUACCUGAUGUAGUAACUGAACGCAUUGAACCGGAUCCAUUUCUAACACCAACAUCUGGUCGAAAAAAACAAUUCCCACUUGAAACACAAUCAGCCGAAAAAGCUACACCACCAACAUAUGCAGCUGUAGCUGUGUCGAGAUUACUCACAUAUGAUACUGUUGAUUCACCGUCCUUAACACACUUCCAACAACAGCAAAAAAAUAACAUUCAUCAACAACAACACCAACACCAACAAAUACAACACCAAAUGUCUCAUAGUUCAUUAACAGAGCUUUAUUCUCAUGAUCGAUUAAGUAAGUUGCUUUCGGAUCCUGCAGCUGCUAAUACAGUUAUGUUUAUGUCACGUUCACCAUUUGAGAGAGCAUAUCGACGUAGCGUCAUGAAAAGUUCAACACCAUUGCGACAAUCUCUAGUACAAUAUACAACAACCGAAUUAGAACAACAGCAGCAACAUCAACACCAACGUCAACAGUUUGUACCACAACAGGAUGGAUAUAUAAUACGUCCGCAUUCCACAAAUGCAGCGUAUGAAUUAAUGAGGAGUUUUAGUGGUGUUCCGCGCCGUUUACUUGACAGUAGUAAUCGUCAAAUAUCAUCAAUAGCACUGGCAGCGACAACUUCACCAACAGCGGGUUCAUCCUCACCAUGUGGUACGCUAGGUAGCAUUAAUUCAACACAUUCAGCAUCAUCGUCAAGCGGUAGCAGUAGUAGUGGUGCAGUGAUAACAUUUCAAUGUACUACUGUGGGUGCAGGUAGCGACACUAUUGACGGUUUUACACCACAAUUUCAACACCAGCACUCAUUAGUUGGUUCUCCAUGUGGUGGAAAUAAUGGUAAUGGCAACAAUGGAAAUACUGAUAUUCUUAUUGUUAGCAGCAGCGGUGGUAAUAGUCCACGACCUGGAGAUGCUUUAAGUUCACUAGCAGCCAGUCCAACAGAUGCAUGUAGCAUUCGUUCUAAUCCUUCAGCCGCUUCUUUAUUGUUAUCGACAUCAGCGGCUGCUGCUACUGAAGCAACUAUUCCAGGUGCUACUCUAUCGCCGCUUGCAACUACACAGAUAAUACGGCGCCCCAGUAUAACUAUUUGUGGUUCAUUAGUUAUAAGUGAAUCAGGAUCUCUAGAUCGCAUGAAAAAUUCUGCAGAAAAACGUAAAAAAGGUCCGCUAGAUGAUGGUCCACGUGUAGCUGAUCGUGUCGAAGAAACUCGCGUCAAUCCUAACUCUUUAAUUGAUGAAAUCUUGAAAGAUACAAAACUUGAUCAACUUGAAGAAUCCGCAGAGACUUCUGGGCUUCAACUGUAUAUAGCACGUGACGGUACUGCUUCUUUGGGUAGUCAUGAAGUAAAAUCCCGUGUAUCUGCAGGCGCCUUCAAGCAGGUCGUCAUGGAAAAUCCAAGAUAGUAGCGUAAAUUACGUUGGUCACUAAAAGACUAUUAGAAA